GGCUAGAACGGUCAGCAUGGAUAAUUCUUGAUUCGUUUUGAUACAUCUGACUCACUCAGAAGAAUCAUUCGAAGGAAUCACUUUCCGCACGAGUCUCCGAGCUUUGGCCUGAAGCAGGAUCAGUCUGUCAGGAACAUUACAAAAUGAACCGGCUUUUCGUCUAGUGCGGUGUUGCAUUGCAUCGUGAACACCAGGGCACUGAUGCUUCACUCAUGAUGGCCGCCGUUUCAGAUCGAUGCUCGAGCCGAUGUGAUGGAGAAGAAGAUAGCGAGGAUCGACACAGAGCUCAUCAAGUACAAGGACCAGAUGAAAAAGAUGAGAGAUGGUCCAGCCAAGAAUGCAGUGAAACAGAAGGCGAUGAGAGUUCUCAAACAGAAGAGGCUAUAUGAAAGCCAAAGAGAUCAGCUUGCCCAACAAUCCUUUAACAUGGAACAGGCCAACUACACCAUUCAGUCAUUAAAGGACACCAAAACAACCGUUGAAGCUAUGAAGACUGGAGCAAAAGAAAUGAAAAAAGCCUAUAAGCAAGUGAAGAUGGAUCAGAUUGAAGACUUACAGGACCAGCUUGAGGACAUGAUGGAGGAAGCCGGUGAGGUGCAGGAAGCUUUGAGUCGCAGUUAUGGUACACCAGACAUUGAUGAAGAUGAACUAGAAGCAGAACUGGAUGCCCUGGGAGAUGAAUUACUGCUGGACGAUGACAGCUCCUAUCUGGACGAAGCCUCGUCUGCACCCUCCAUCCCAGAGGGCAUACCAAGUGACAGCAAAACAAAUAAGGAUGGUGUCCUGGUGGAUGAGUUUGGAUUGCCACAGAUUCCAGCCACAUAGACCGGGAUGAGCAAUGCAUAUCUGUUUACUGAAGACCGUUUUAGUAGUUUUAUUAUCAAGGGUGGUUUGCCAUGGCAUGCUUUUCUAAAGAGCAUUUGCUAAUUAAGCAUGUGGCCUUGUAUUUCUCUGUUUCGAUUAAUAUGUUGGUUAACAGUAUAUAUUUUUUUGCUGACACAUCUAGUAAAUCUUCGUCAUCUCAUCAUCAUCAUCAUCAUCAACAUCCUUUAUCCGCUAUAUUUAUAUAUAGUGAGAUCAAAUUGCUAAUAAAUAAAUAAAUCACAAACAUGUACAGAAGAACAUACUAGGAUACCUGUG